AUGCCACGAGUUGGUACGUGUACGUCACGUACAAUAAUAAAUAUUUAUUGCGGAUGCAACAUGUCUCAAAUGGAAUCGACUGCUGUUUCCACACCAACUCAUUGUGGUCCGAGAUUUAUCUCGGACCAAAAUGAGUUGUCAAUGAUUUUCCAUUCUCUGGUAAGUCUUUUUUGGUUUUAUAAACAUGAUGUGGCCAUAAUUCAAUCAAAUUCUUUUGUUGCUUCAAAUCGGCUGAAUUUAUCGAAUACAGUUGGGGAAUUAUUAAAGUUAGCUAAAAAUAGUCUUAGGAAAAUUCAGCACAGAAAAAAUUCUGAAAAUUUGCCUUUUUAAUUGAAAAAUAACAAAAUUUUGACAUUUUUCUGGAAAACAGUCUGGUUUUUCAGCACUUUCAUAAAUUUUUGACUUUUUUUCGGGCGGCCUCUGUUCUUUCCACGAGUACACGUUCACGUGAUUUAAAUAGUUUUUCGGAUUUCAUCUUUUUUUUCUUCACCAAAUUUCGAAGGAGAAUAAAGAAGUGAUCUAAUUACGGCCACAGUUAUAUGAAUCUUUUGAACUAAAAAAUUAUCUGAAUUUUCUGAAAAGAAAAGCACAUUUUCAGCAAAAAUCAGAAACAAUUGAAUUUUCUUGUGAUUAGCUAAUAGAGAAAAAAUUACUCUCGGCUUUCGAAAAUAAUAUCUUCUAAUUUUCAGGUUCCACACUCUGUUGGAAAAUAUAGAAGUUUUCAAGAACCAAAAAAUGUUUUCGACAAAAAAAACGAGAUGAAUAUUCGAACCGCUAUUCGAUCUUGCACUCUAAGCGGAUCUGGAUUCUUUUCACCAAUUCAAGAAAAUUCCCUCAUCGACUUCAACAUUGAAGUUUUUGAUCGUCGAUUAGAAAUGGACAAAUUUUGGGUUGAAGUGAAAAAAGGUGAGUAUUUUGAAUAUCUCAGAUGUUUUGACAAAUCGUUGCAACAUAAAAAUUUUAGUCGGAGUCUUGUUUAUUAUUGUUUCUGCAAAAAACUUGCUUUCAUCCAAUUAUUAAACUAUAAUUCAUGAUUAAUAAUUGUUUUUCAGGAGAUGCAAUGAUGAAAAUUGUUUCUCGAAAAACAGCCACCUCCGUCCAAUUUAUCGGGAAAUUUUGGAUUGUGGAGAAUAUAUUUUGGUACAUCAUAUUCAAGAACAUUUUGGUAUGCGAAAAAAGAGAAGAUAUGCAGGUAUGAAAAGGUUCAGUUUCUUGAAACCAUACAGUUUUCCAGAUUCAAAGCGAAUCCGACGACUCUGUUUUAUCGACAAUGUACAACGUGAAUUCGAGCUGUUUCAACACCACAAAAACCGCAUCGAAGAACUUCUCGUUAUCCAAAAAAGGCACAGGGUGUAAUUCACUACCUCAAAUCGCUAGACCUCAAAUGUUUGAUUAAUUUUUGGGUAGAUCAAAAAUAAUUUUCUCUAAAUCUCUCGUUUUUGCGUUGAAUUUCGUCGAUUUUAGUCCCACCCCUAAGAUCGUGUCAGGUCUCAAAAAAUGCGCGAAUUUUUUCGGGUAGUAAAUUACACUCUGUGAAAGGUCGAACAAAAACUGUCGAAAACUUUGAGAAGGUUUGUGUUGUUUUCACAAUGAAAUGUUCAAUUACAAUGAUUUUUAUAGUUGAAGAAAAAGUUGAAAGAUUUUUGCAUGGAUUUGAAUAUGAUGAAGCAAGACUUUUAUCGACACCUGGAGCAGAUGCAGGAAGAUCGAUAAUAUCUGCUGCUGGAUAUGAUGAAUUAUUCAAGUAAGUCUGUCUAAGCAGGAAAUCAAAUAUAUUAAUCUUUUUCAAUAUUAUUUUUUUUCAGUUUAUUGUCAAAACUGCCCGAAAAAAUGCGAAAAAAUGUGAUAAAUCAAGUCAGCGUCUUAAAAAACAUGUCCACAAAAACAAUUAAAGCGAGAAUAAAGAAGAUGGAAGAAGAUCGAUUGAAGAAAAUAAUUUUUAGGGAACAACCAUCACAACCAAAAAAACCACAUAUGAGAUGA